UACAUUACAAUCUGACCUUGUUGAGCUAAAAGUUAUCGAAAUUCAAUGGAAAUUCCUGGAAGCAAGAUAGUUUAGUCUCUCCACUAAUCGUUAUCACGUGAAUUUGGCGAGCAAUAAAUAAAAAUUCAGUCAUGUCUCCCUCCAUUAGCUUAGCUUAUUUAAGGAAUAAUAAAGAAAUUUAGGCUCCACGCUUUUAUUAGCCUGCUUUUAGUUGUUAGGUUGCUGCUACCAUGGGCUAUUUGUGUUCAUUUUGAUUGCUUUUGUUUUUUUUUUGGUCAAAUUAAAAACCAACUCAGAGAAGAAAUCUGCAAAUUUUUCGGCCUGGCUGAAAGAAUUCUUGAUUAUGGAGGUGGAAUCAUCAGGAAGCACGAAUGCGAAAUCAAUGGAUGAACGAGCCAGUUCAGCCGCCAGGGCCCUCAGGCGCAGGCGUAAAUGCAGAAACAUCUGUUUUGCCGUGAUGGCUGUUCUGUUAUUCAUCAUAGUCCUGAUAGUGAUCCUAGCUUUCACCGUUUUCAAGGCCAAACGCCCCGUCACGACUAUCGACUCUGUCUCCUUAGCCAACCUGAAGUUUUCCCUGGAUUUGGUCAGACUGCAAGUGUUGCUGAAUGCUAGCCUGGACGUGGAUCUUUCAAUCAAAAACCCAAACAAAGUUGCGUUCAAGUACACCGACUCGUCUGCCCAGUUGAAUUACAGGGGCCAGCAGGUAGGCGAGGUUCCAAUUCCAGCUGGCAAGAUGCCUGCAGAUGCAACGGUUCCCAUGAACUUGACGCUGACUCUCAUGGCGGAUCGAUUGCUCUCGGAUUCCCAGUUUUUCUCUGAUGUUUCGGGUGGUGAAUUGCCUCUCAACGCUUUUGCUAGGAUUCCAGGCAAGGUUAAUGUGUUGAAUCUGUUUAAGAUUCAUGUUGUUUCGUCCACUUCCUGCGAUUUUACUGUCUUUUUAUCUAAUUCAACUGUUGGGGACCAAGACUGCAAGUAUAAGACAAAACUGUAAUGCUCUCAUUUUUCUCUUUUUGGAUGAUAUAUUUUGCUUGUACUUAUAUCUAGUCUAAACGGAAGCUUGCUUUGUAGCCGUAUUCUCACUGUUCUUUUCACAUUUUACCCUUUUUUUUAUUUUCCAUAAAUAGAGAUGUUAUAGGUGUUAUUUUCUUUGGAAGUUACGAAUAAAAUUUAUUAUACGCAUAUAAAUUUUCUAGUCUGAACCUGGUAUGAUUCAACAAAUGCGGGUUUUCUCUAUGUAAAUGAGUUUCUGUUUCACUGAAUUUUGUCUCAACCUCUACCUAAUUAUUUCCCCCUCAAGUGCAAACUUCCUUCUCCAUUAGUUUUUUUCCCCUUAAUUGGAUAACAAUUAAUUUCUCAGCUUGUAGAAUUUUGAAUGCUUUAGUAUUUACUCCUCUAUCCCUUCAUUUCACAACCAAUGAGUUCUGUCAAUUCUUGCAAGUCAUGCCUUCAUCCUGCUGCUGCAACCAGGCUACUGAGCCAUUAUACUGGUGACAAUCAUUAUGUGGUAGAAUUUUUCUUCUUCAUGAAGCAAUACAAUUGAUGAACAGCAAACCUUUGAGUCUCGCAUGUUCGAUGGCUUGAACAACUGGAUUGUCCCAAUGAUUAAUUAUGUAGUGGAAGAACAAGGAUCUUAUAAACAGCUGGCUUGUGAAAUGUAGAGCGCUGGAUGGGGUUCUUUGCAGAAAGUCAUUUUUCGAAGAACGUAACUCAGGUGUUAAUCUUUAACUCGUGACUUGUAUUAGAAUCCUGAGCUAACUGCUUGUUCACUUCUGAGCUUCAGUUGCAAGAGUGAAACAUCGAUUGAAUGGCUAGGAAUUCCUUCCAUAUGUGAGAUAUGGUUGGCUUUUCUUUUACAGUGUUUCUUGACCCCAAUAAAAUUAAAUUUUCUGGAGUUCUCAUACAUUGAGAUCUAUGGUGAUAGUCAGGUGCAAUUAAACAGAUUUCUAAAGCUCUUACUGAUGUCUACUAUGAGUAUGCAAUUGAUCCCAGCAAGUUGACAACAACUGCUUCACCCUCCGGUGAUUCUGGUUGUUCAACAUCACACAGUGCUGGUUAUUUUAUGCUGGACUCCUUUAGGAAAUAUGCAUCUGCAAGCAGAGCUAUGAGGUGGCAUCUUGGAGUCAGAGUUUGAUUGAAGAGCCUUUGCUUUGCUUGGAAACAGUGUUCUUUGACAUACUAGGUUGGUGGCCUAAGAUUCCCUACACUUGGUGGGGAUGGCUCACGAUGUCCUUGCAAUGCCUGUAACAUUUGUUCCAACAAUAUCCUGCUUAUGCUGCUGCAUAUAAUGCAAAAUCCAGCCGCUAGGACCUGAUUUCUGAGAUCAUGGAUGCUCUGGUUUGCGAGCAGGACAGGUUGGAAUUGUCUGAAGGAAGUAAGUGCAAUUUUCAGAUUGUUCAGAUAUUCUAAUCUCAUAAGCUUCUGCCUCUGUUUUCCUACUUAUGGUGAGCAAAUAAUUAUUUGUAUGAGCUAGCAUGCUUUGAAAUUCUCUAAUUUUAUAAAUUUUUGGACUGUUAUGCAGUCUCAGUCAGCAACAAUCUCUACUAGGUACUAUCUCUUCCAUAACAGAUCCAAAAAUCUUCAUUCAAUUGAACCAUUAAAUAGAUAUCUUUUAUGUGCUUGAUCCAUGCAAUCCAGUUUUUACGUAUCUAUGCUCUUUCUUGUAAAUAGUAAUCUAACAAUGGCCAAAAAAGGUGUAAUAUUAAAUCAUUUCCCCUUUGGUUUGGUGUACGUUUUAGUUUUAAUGACCAGUACAGGGUCAUUUCAGAAGUAACCCAUUUUACCUUUUACCUCUAAAUUUUGAUUGUUGGGAUCUGUUUUCCUCUUAGGUAAUACUGCCUUUCUGUCAUUAGUAACAGAUUUUGGUAACAGCAGUACCCAAGUUGAUUCUUGAUGUCUAUUGGCCUACCGCAUAUGAUUAUUUCUGAGAACAACUCUCUGCCACUGUGCUAACUUGCAUAGAUUGUAUUCUUUUUACUUUUUUUUACAAAAAAAAAAAACUAAAUGCUUCAAAAAAAAAAAAACAAUUUGCAUAUUAUAUGUGGAUUACUGAAUUGGAUGUUUGUUUAGCUCUUGUUUACUGCUUUCUGUUUCAGAUAUCCUUUUGGCUCUGCCUUUCUUGCAUGUGUGUAAUGGCAUUUAUAAUGUUUUUGAAAUUUGCAUGGUUGGUUUCAAGAAUUUUCAAAAUGGAGCAUACUUUCGUUUUAACUUUUUUCUUCAUAGGAUAUAAUAAAUAGCAGGUUUGGAAAAUCAUAUUGUAAUUAAAUAUCAUAUCCAAAUGUUAGUUAUUAGCAUGUCAUCGUGCAGAACUUAUGGUCUUUAUUAUUGUAACAAGACAUUCUUGUUCAACACUGAAGACAACUGUAGGAUGGCAAUUUUAACUUUUACAGCUGCUGGUGCAAGAUAAUAGAACAAAUCAUGCACUGGUGGAAAGUUUGGUUGGUGGAUUUUAUAUGGGUGAUCAGUUAAGGUUUUUACCCAUAUUAUAGGCACUUAGCAUAAACAACUGAGUUACUUUUUUUAUGCAUUUUCAUAUACCACAGGCUAAGAGAAAGAUAGAGCAGAGAAGGACAUAUGGGGUAGUGAAAUGCAAAUAUUGCUGGAAUUGUGAUGCUGAAGAAACUAGUAUCCAAGCAAAGCCAGAGCUGCAUCGAAAAGGUGGCUGAAUCAUGUUGCAUUAUUUACUAUGGCAAAAGGAGUCUACUUAUGAGUUCCACUUGAAAUUUGCAGAUAGAAUUGUUUUAUUUGACAAUGUUCAGCACUUGGGAACCUACAAAACAUCAGAUAUUCCAACUAAAACAAUUUUGGUUCUUCAUUCCCUAUCAAAAGCCAUUCAAACUAUUGAAAAUAACUCACUUUACCAUCAAGAGGCAUCAGUAGCCUCACUUAACAUCAAAUGAGAGUCGUGAACUGUUUAGAGUUUCUGUCCUCCACUUCUGAGUCUGGUGAUGAGACAACUUGGAGCAAAGAAUUGCCAAGGGAGCAGGGAAUAUGGUCUAACAAGGUUUUAUUCGACAUUUUUCACAAUUAAUUGCAUACAUACUAUACUUCUUAACUUUUUCUUUUUAAUUUUUUGAAAUAAUGCGUACAUUAUAAAGUAUAGAAAGACAUGAUUACGUUA